AUGUCUGAAUUCAAGACCAUCACUUACUUUGUCAACUGGGCCAUAUACGGCCGUGGUUACAACCCGUCGGACUUGCCUGCCGAGAAAUUGACCCAUGUUCUCUAUGCAUUCGCGAACAUCCGACCCGAGACUGGCGAGGUGUACCUCACCGACAGCUGGUCUGAUGUUGAAAAACAUUACCCCGGAGAUUCCUGGAAUGACGUUGGUAGCAAUGUAUAUGGAUGCAUCAAACAGCUCGGUCUGCUGAAGAAAGACCACCGCAAGCUGAAGGUUAUGAUUUCUAUCGGCGGCUGGACAUACUCGUCCAACUUUGCUCAGCCUGCCAGCACCGAGGCCGGAAGAGCCAAGUUUGCCGAGUCGGCGACUCGCCUGGUCUUAGACAACGGUCUUGAUGGAAUUGAUAUCGACUGGGAAUACCCCAAAGAUGACAAUGAGGCCCAGAACCUGGUCCUCCUUCUUCAAGCCUGCCGAAACAGUCUCGAUCAAGCUGCCGGUCCAGACCGCAAGUUCUACCUGUCCAUCGCUUGCCCGGCAGGUCCCUCCAACUUCAAUAAACUCAGAAUCCCCGAAAUGACCCCCUUGCUGGACUUCUAUAAUCUCAUGGCCUACGACUAUGCCGGCAGCUGGGAUCAAGUAGCCGGCCACCAGGCCAACAUUUACCCAUCCAACUCAACCCCCGGCUCAACGCCCUUCUCCACCGACGCCGCACUAAAUCACUACAUCAAUGUCUCCGGUGUGCCUGCAUCUAAGAUGAUCUUGGGUAUGCCGCUGUACGGCCGCGCGUUCACCAACACCGACGGCCCAGGCAGCGCAUACAACGGCAUCGGACCCGGUAGUUGGGAGAAUGGAAUCUGGGAUUUCAAGGUUCUGCCGCAACCCGGAGCCAGCGAGCAGAUCGAUGCACAGACUGGCGCAUCCUGGAGCUAUGACAGUGGCUCUCGCACAAUGGUCUCAUACGAUAAUCAGCAGAUGGUUCAUAUGAAAGCGGAUUAUGUGAAGGGUCGAGGCCUCGGUGGGGGCAUGUGGUGGGAGAGUAGCGGUGACAAGGGAGGCAAGGGAGCUAAUGCAUCGGAUGGCAGUCUGGUCGGGACCUUCGUCGAUGGCAUCGGUGGUAUCAAUGCGCUGGACCAGAGCGCGAACGCUCUCAACUUCCCCGAGAGCAAGUAUGAAAACGUGCGCACCGGAUUCAACUAG